UAUGUGUUUGUAUUGUCUCACUCAAUAUUUCAAUAAGGCAGGGCUUGCAGAUCUUUACUGAAAAAUAUUGACAUUUUUCAGAACAGAAAUUAAAAGGUCAAAUGUAUUAAUCUGAAUCAAAAUCAAACUGUUUGUGCAAAUAAACAAAAUACUAAAACAACAUUAGGUUUCAAACGUCAAUUGAAUGAACGGAAAUACACUUGUGUACGUGCAGUUCUGGUCGCAUUGCAUUCUGGCUCUUGUAGUCGAUUUUUUCUGUUCUUCUUCUAUUGUGGUCGCUGCGGAGAUCAGCUGCUCCGUUCUGAACGAUGUCUUCCGGCGCCACCAGCAUGCAGCAGGCCCCCGACACUGAGAGCGCAGGGGAGGAGAGGACGUCGUGUCCGUUCCACGGCUGCAAGCGGAUGUACUCGGACACGGCCGCUCUGGAGAGCCACGUCAAGGACCACGAGAUCUCCGCUCAGUCCCUUGCAGGAAAGGUCCUGCUGUGCUCCACCGUCGGAUGCAGCGGCUCCUUCCCCGACAUGCAGAAACUGAUGGAACACAUGAGGCACCAUCACAAACCCAACAUAUUCUUCCUAUGCGAGAGCUGCCGCACAAAGUUGCGAUCCUACCGUGGCCUCCUGACUCACCUGCACACCUGUUCCAAAGUGUCGCGGGGCAGACCAAAGCUGUUGGAACCGGCGGCUGCACUGACUGACCUGGACCAGAAGCCUCCGCUAAUGGACCCGGUGUCCACCCCCCAGCCGCUUCCCGCUGAAAUCAUCCCCAAAACAGAAAGUUCCUUUCUCGCAGCGGUCAUGGACACAGACCCUGCCCUCCCUCUCCUCAGGCCCCCCUUCUUGUCCAACCUGGAGACCUCCCCUCCCAACCUUGCUCCGCCACACCUCACAGAGGCCGCGUCGCAGCCUUGGGUCAAGAGCGAACCCUCCGAUCUGCCUCUAUCUCUAAACCGGGAUGGCCCGACGGCAGCUCCGGACGCCCCCGAUAACCAGGGCCAGCACCUGAAUGGGGCCAGGACUCGUGAGCCCAUCUACCCUGCUGCUGGACCAGCGCCACACUUUCCUCCCGUGUCCGCCACUGUCUGGAAGAAGGGUCAAGGGGCCUGCAGCCGACGCGUCCUCUGGGAGCACACCAAAGGGCGCUACACCUGCGUGCAGUGUGGCCACUUGGCAACCAACCGCAAGGAAAUGACUCUCCACAUCAGCACGUGGCACCGCGACAGCAAGCUGGCGGACGACGCCGGGCGCUCGGUCGCCAGCUCGUAGCACGCGUUGAGCGGGAGGAUGCGUUCGGCGACUUCCUCAAGGACUCAGUUUCUAUCCCUAUUUUAUUCUGAGCAUCAAUCAUGUAAUCCUUGUAUUUUGUUAUAUUCUUGUCAGGUUACUCAAGUGCCGAAUAACAACUAACGUAGCAGCUGUAAUUUGUGUCUGGGAAAAGUCUGUGGUGAAUGUUCGGUACCACAACACGCAUGUUAUCAGUAUAUUCACACGAGAAAAGCAGACUGGCCGUUGCCCGGCCCAGUCCUGUGAGAAGAGGUACCCUCUGUGUGCUUUUGGAAGGACUCCGUGCUUUUGGAAUCAGUGAUUUUGCCUGUUCCUUCCAGCCACACGUACAAUGAAUUUUUAUUAAAUAUCAGACUGAAGGUUCUCACGCACGCACGUUUCAUUACUACUGUAGGAGGUAACCUGGAGCUGAAUAACUUCCCAGGGGGAGUGGUGGAGACUCCAGUCUAUAAUAUUUGGUCAUUGACCAGCAAAAAAGCACAUUUCACUUAGUUUGACAUUCAUUAUCUCCACUUCUGAGACAGAUGGGAACCAAUGCAAUAACUGUAUAUAAUUACACCAAACUGUUAACUUAUUUAUUCAAUUCAGUUUAUUUGUAUAGCCCAAUUUCACAAAUUAUAAAUUUGCCUCAGGGCUUUACAAUCUGUAGACAUCUCUGCCCCAAAACCUCACAACGGACCAGGAAAAACUCCCAAAUAACCCUUCAGGGGGAUAAAAAGGGAAGAAACCUUCAGGAGAGCAACAGAGGAGGAUCCCUCUCCAGGAUGGACAGAUGCAAUAGAUGUAGUGUGUACAGAAGGACAGAUUUAUUUAUUUAUUGUACCAUACAUGUCAUUACUUUUGGCUUGAAGGCUUUCCACGUCUUUACAUUGAAGUAACCUGGAAUUUCGAACACUGGAAAAUGAAGGUAUUCGGUUAGUGGAAGGUCGACUCUCACCCUUUGCACGGGGAAUUUCAGCUUCUUCCCUCGAAACGGGUAUUUAGUGCCACGGUACAGAACAGUUAAAAAAAACACUUUGUUCCAGCAGCCAUCUUUCAGCUGAACAAAUUAGAAUACCGAUGUGUGGCUCUGUGUGUUGAUGUUAAUAUUGUGUCAAGAUGAAUGCUUCACUUUCCACUGCAAUCAUGUCUACCUACAGGUACAAAUAAAGUAACCUGAACCUAU